CAUUUGACAACCUUUAAUAUACAGUGUUGUCUCGGUGUUGUGGAUUGUGAGGCUGAGGUUGUUUUGCUGGUACAGUGCUGCUACAAAAGAACAGUAUUUUUUUCAAUAAUAAAAAAAAUAAUAAUAUGGAUUCUUUUGUUGUGUCUGCAGCGCAAAGGGCUUCCAACACCACAGGAUGACGAAUGGAGCCAUGAAUGUAGAGAUUGGAAAUCCAGCCUAUAAAAUCUAUGAAGGAGACCCUGAUGACGAUGCUGGGGAGCUGCUGGAUUCAGACUUUGCUUUGGACCCAGAUAAGCCGACCAACUUCACCAACCCGGUGUACGCCACCCUCUACAUGGGCGCCCAGAACAGCCGCAACUCUCUGGCCAGCACGGACGAGAAGAAGGAACUUCUGUCCCAGGUGGACGAGGACCUGAGUGAGGACCCACUAGCGUAGAGCCGGGCACCAACUGAAUUCUGCCAACAUCGCCCUGCCCAGCCCAGUGCUGAGCCCACACGCUCUUUCUCAUCUUCUGCCUUUACCAACUGAAAAGAAAAGCAACAAAAAAAAAAGCAAGAACACUGUACAAAAUGUAUAAAAUGAAGGACUACUUUUUUUAAGUGAUUGCAGUAUUAUAUUUUGUUUUGACGGAGAAAAAAAAAUCCUCUGAUGAUGAAAAAGGAACCGUUUUAUAAAAGGUUUGUUCAGUUCUUUUUAAUUUUGCUCACCUGCUCACGCCCACCUCACCCGUCUCACCCAUCUAGCCACUACCUCUGUGCAAGUCCUAGAGUCAAACAUGGAAAGAAAGAAAGAGAGAAAGGAAGGAAGAGUGGAAGUGGAACAAAGUUAAUUUUUUAUUUUUGUAUGAAUUGUAUAGUGGAGAAAACAAAAACAGAAAUAUUGUUCCAUCGCAGAAACGUUGCUCAGUAUUUGGUUGUUGUGGGAAGAGAGAAGAGUGGGUGUCACUGAAGUACUUCCUGGUUGUUGGUUCAGGCUCGUUAUUACACCUGGUGUGUGUGCGUGCCAUUGUGAGUGUGUGUGUGUGUGUGUUUGCUGCUGGAGGUUUUAAACGGCACGUUAUUUUAACUGCACAUGGAUGGACUUGGCAAAAAAACUACAAGCAAUUAUCUUUCCACCUCCUUGCACAGACUAAAGUAUAAAUAUAUAUAUUUGCAUAUAUAUAUCUAUAUAUAUAUAUAAACCUAUUAACAAAGUGUCUUGAACAUAUAUUGUAUCCAGGAAUACAAACAUCAGUAACAAAUAGCAGUCUGUACUUUUUAAACUUUUUUUUUUAUUUUUUAUUGACCUACUGGAAAAGAAUGCGUCGGUGACAGUGGCAGUGGAUGUGUGAUUGUUCUGGAUGAAGAUGAUUGUUAUAAAGUCCACCUUCCAGGAUGAGGAGUCUGGGAUGGAUGAUCUGUGGCCUUGGGUGAGUCUACUGCUCUGAACAGAAGCCUGUUUUAUUUGUUUUUUUUGUUUUUGUCUUGCUCUGAAAGUGUUCUAGAAAUGUCUGUUAGGCAGAAACUACACAUUUCUGUGAAUUUGUGGCCAUUGCUGAUGGAAUUAGUCAAACAGAUUACAGUUAUAACAGAGAAGGCUAAUAUUUAGCUUCUGUUCCUUGUCUUCUGAUUGUUAAGAGCUGGGGGCGCUGUUCAGUGGUCCGCACUUCUGGGGGAGGUUUCAAUGUUUUAUGCUGGUUUUAUGUGUAAUUAAAUGGCCAAGUCAUUUAGGUUGAUGCUAACUGUUAAGUGCAUUCCCAGAGAGGAGCCUAAUCAGCUGAUUAGCAUACCUCUGCUGCUAACGCUAACCACCACCAUCUCCUGUCUCUCUCACUCUCUCCCUGUCCUUCCCCCUCUCUCCUGCAGGCUGUUGUCUUUAUCCCCCCCUCCUGCCCUUGACCCACACUUCCUAGCAGUAUUCACAUUUUAAUUAUGCUCUCUCAGAUUUGUCACCUGUCUGUAAAUUAGAACAAAUUUUAUUUGGAGAGUUCCUCUUUUUUGUUUUGUUUAUUUCUUUUAUGAUGGCACACGCCCACACGGAAAUCUGUGGCUCUGAUUGUUCUGUUAUGUUUUUUUUUCCUUUUUGAUAUAAGAAAUUAAAUGGAUUUUUAUAGUAGAAAUAA